UGUUGACAAUAUUGAGAGGGAAAAGCACCAGAAUGACCACUGUCUGCAGGAUAUGUCAUUCUGGAAAUAUGUCCAUUAGUUUCUAAAUUAAGUAAGGCCUAUUAGCUGUUAACUGUUUCCCAGAUGCUUCUUGUUGUGCAAUACAUCAUGCCUGCCCCCUGUACUACAGGCAGAUUUUGACAUGUUUAUUCCUCUCCGAACAGCUUACAGCGAGUUCCCCCCUGACGAAUCAUCUGUUGGCAGGUUUUCAGAUAUGUGCUGUAUGUGCUUGUGAAUUUCAGAGCCCAGAUCACUCUGCAGUGGAGGACCAGGGAACAGGACACAAACAUGAAGGACAAGACUGGAGUUUUUCUCUUGUGGAAAGUGCUUCUGUCUGGGAUUUGUGCGUCACUGCUCCUGAUUUCAGCAGGCUUGUUGUUCCUGCUGGUUCGACAGAAAGAGCUGACAGCGGAGCUGCUCAGGUUGGACGUCCAGAUGCAGGUGCUGUCACAGAGCUGCAGGCUGCAGGCAGAGAUCCUGCCUAUGGACCCUGCAGAAGCUGGAGAGCUGAAGAAGCUCCACCGCACCAGGAGAAACCAUGAGAAACCAGUACAAAGUCAAGACGAGAAGGAUAUGCUGAUGCUGAUGACAUACUCCAUGGUUCCUGUCAAAGCCUUCGUAGAUCUGUGUAACAGCUCCAGAGGAAUUUGUUUAACAGGACCACCUGGACCACCAGGUUUGCCCGGUAGAGCCGGUUCACCAGGACCACAAGGUGUGCCCGGGCCGGAGGGGAGACGAGGAAAACGAGGUCCCCGAGGUGAAAAAGGAGACCCUGGACCUAAAGGAGACUCUGGGCCUCCUCGACUGAAAGGCGAGAGCUACAAUGACAUUUUCAUUGAGGGUCCACCUGGUCCAAGGGGUCCACCAGGUCCACCAGGCCCACCUGGUCCAUCCUGUCCUGCUUGUCAUUCUGGUAAAGUGAGAAACAAGACCCUCAGAGAACAAAGCCAUCGAACCAACAUGUUGAUGGAUUUAUCUCCUGUUCUGCUCAUUGAGCAUGUCAAUGAAACCGACACAGAAAACAUCAGCAGCUCCACAAAUAAGAAGACUGAAUCACAAACAACACAUCCAGCCGAUGAUAGCAGGGAUGUAUUGAAUAUCAGCGACUCACGUGUGAAAUCUGAGUCAGUAUCAGUUCAUGAAAAGUACGGCCACGACACCUCGAAUGAUACCAAGAAAGAGAAUGUUACAGAGACACCAAUUAAAUUAUUAACAGUGCUUCAUUCUCCAGACCUGACUGAAAACAGAGACAUAUUCAAUGGCAGCAGAAACAUCUAUGAUACAACGAAGAAAAGUGACUACAGACCUGAUACAUGGAUUGAAACCAGCACAGAGACACCAGUGGACUUAUUUACAGGUGUUUUUUUUAAGAAGUUGGUAUCACCUCGUCCAGACUACAGACCUGACACAUGGAUUAAAACCAGCACAGAGGAUGUUACAGAGGCACCCAUUAAUGUAUUAACAGUUUCAGCAACAACACAUCCAACUUAUAAAGCCAGAGAUGUUUUUACUGUGACUGACUCUGAGAAAGUUCAAAACACACAUAAGGAAUCUGAGUCAGUAUCACUUCAUAGAGACUUCGGCCCUGACACCCUGAAUGACUCCAACACGGAGAAUGUUAUAGAAGGACCAAUAAAAUUGUUACCAGUGUCACCGACAACACAUCCAGCUCAUGAAGCCAGAGAUGUUUUUAACGAGACCAAGUCUGAGAAAGUUCAAAACACACUUAAGGAAUCUGAGUCAUCAUCACUUCAUAAAGACUUCAACCCAGACACCCUGAAUGACGCCAAUGUUACAGAUGGACCAAUAAAGAUAUUAACAGUCCCACUUUCUGCGGACCAAAACAGUGAUGCCUUCAAUAUCAGUGGAACAAUUACAGAUACACGCAUGAAAAGUGACUCUUCAUAUCCACCCCAGAGCAACAACAAGCUAAAUUUGACUAGCAGCCAGAAAUGGACAAAACCUGAAUCACCAACAACACAUCCAGCUGAUGACAGCAAAGGUGCAUUGUUUUUUACUGACUCUAAAAAACAACAUUCGAAAACAAGUGUGGAAUCUGAGUCAGUAUCAGUUCAUCCGGAGAACAGACACACCAGCUUGGAUGAUACCAACAAAGCGGAUGUUACAGAGGCACCAAUUAAAUUAUUAACAGUGCUUCAUCCUCCAGACCUGACUGAAAACAGAGACACCUUCAAUGGCAGCAGAAACAUCCAUGAUACAACCAAGAAAAAGUUGGUAUCAGCUCGUCCAGGCUACAGACCUGAUACAUGGACUGUAUCCAGCAUAGUGGAUGUUACAGAGGCUCCCAGUAACUCAUUUACAAAGCCAGUAUCAUUUCAUCAAAACGUCAACCAUGACACCUUGAAAGAUCCCAAAAGAGAGAAUGCUACAGAGGCACCAACUGAAUUAACAACAGACCAGGCUCAAACGACCUUUAAUAACAGUGGAAACAUCAUGGAUACACCCAUGAAAAGUGAUCCCCUACAGACCAACAACAAGGUCAACGUGCCAACCGAUGAGAGAUGGACAAGAACUGAGUGCAAUAUUAAAAGUAUUAAAUGCUCGGACAAAGCCACCAAAAUGCAAAGCACCUUCGGAGCCUGGAUGUCCGAUGCGUCCCAGCUGGAUGACGGACGAAUCUGGCUGGCUGAACAUUUUUCAGGUCGACUUUUGGCUGAGCACAGGGAUAUUUCAGCACUUCAGAAUAAAAGCAACAAAAUUAUAGACGUCACAAGAUUCUACCAGGGCUGUGGUCACGUUAUUUACAAGAGGUCAUUGUACUUUCACAACGGAGGAACAAACAGACUUGUAAAAUUAGACCUGAACACCAGGAGAACAAAGACUCUGAUCAUGACAAACAGCAGAUAUCACAGCCUGACUUAUCUUUUCCGCAACUCCAAGACGUAUUUUAAGUUUGCUGUGGAUGAAAAUGGGCUGUGGGUGAUUUAUGCACCAGCAACAGGUGAUAAUAUGAGGGUCGCAAAGAUUAACACUAACACAUUCACUGUGGAGUCAUUCAUUGACACUCAGUACCCAACAACUAAAGCAGGAAAUGCUUUCAUCGUAUGUGGGAUCCUAUAUUUUACAGACGACAAAGACAGAGCAGUUACAUAUGCCUUUGAUUUAAAAACUGGGAGUCCUCAGGAUGCAAGUUUUGAUUUAAGGUCAGAUCACGGCAUAUUGGCUAUGUUGUCAUAUUAUCCCAACAAAAAUCUUUUGUACAUGUGGGACAACAGCAGUGUGAAAACCUGCAAAGUUAAAUUCAAAAUGACACAAAACCAACCAUGAAGUUUGUUAAAAUGGCACAAUUUUUAAAGCUCAGUUGACUUAUAUUUUGAAACAGUGACCUUAUUUUGACACAUGAUGAAGUUUCUCCUGGAAGUUUGAUAAACCACAUUGGAUAUUGUUUGAAAUAAACGUCUAA